UCCCGUGCGCUGUCUGCGUCGUUCUCAUCGGCGAAUCGAUGCUCCUUUCGUCAUACCGUUCAAUUUUACACUCCAGCGUGUUUUUUAAAACAAUUAUAAACAUACACAUAUAUAUGUAUAAAAAUAAAUAGUAUAACACAGUUAUAUACGAGUGUGCGCGAAAGGCAAUGGUUCUUAAAAUUCCUAAUUCGCGAAGAUUGUGUCAUCGACGAAAUCGGUGAAUUCGUACUUCAGUUUUUCCUUCGCAUCGAAAAGAAAAACACACGUUAUCAAACGUCAUUGUGACAGGCACAGAGCAGGAUGAGCGUUUCAACGAAUUUAUAAAUUUUUUUCGUUUUUAUUGUUGAGUGUUAAUGUCUGAAAUAGGGGUAAAGUGAAAAUUGUGUGCAAAAUUGACGAUUUUCUUUUGUAUUUCAAAAUCGUAAUAAUACGAUUUCGAAAGGUGCACGAAAGUUUCGUAAUUCGUCUCCUUUUUUCUCUCUCUGAUAAUCGCCGUCAAGGUGAGCGAUCGAGAAAGUCCCUCGUGCCUCGUAUACGUGUGUGUUCUUGUGUUAUUCGACUGUUACAAAUGAAAUGGAGCACUGAAAUACGACGUACAUAAUUCUUUUGUUAAGUUAAUAUUUUUGUUGUUCGUUUGCAUUAUCAUUGUUAAUGCUCCUGUGAACUGAUGCGAUGGAGGAUUACAAAUUUCUCUUCAAAGUCGUCGUCGUCGGCAAUGCCGGGGUCGGCAAAACUUGCCUCGUUCGAAGAUUCACUCAGGGCCUUUAUCCACCCGGACAAGGAGCGACUAUAGGUGUUGAUUUCAUGAUUAAGACUGUUGAAAUUGAGAAUGAAAAAAUAAAGCUUCAAAUUUGGGACACAGCCGGCCAAGAACGGUUCCGGUCCAUAACCCAAAGUUACUACAGGUCAGCUCAUGCCUUGAUAUUAGUUUACGACAUAUCUUCUCAGCCGACCUUCGAUUGCCUCCCAGACUGGUUAAGAGAGAUAGAGGAAUACGCUAGCAACAAUGUACUCAGGAUAUUAGUCGGCAAUAAAAUCGAUCGUGAAGAUCGUGAAAUUCCAACUCACGUAGGUUCGAACUUUGCUCAACAACAUGGGAUGUACUUUUUGGAAACGUCUGCUAAAGAGGCGGAAAAUGUCGAGAGGCUGUUUAUGGAAAUAGCAGCGGAGCUUAUGGAGCAAGCACGAAGCCAAGAAUUGCCAAGGUACGAAACGAACGCAACAACGAUAAAUGGAAAAACGACUUCAAUCGGCGAUAGUAGCAAUUGCGGUUGCAGUCGAUUGUCCUAAUUUUAUCGUAUAAUAAUCAGGAGGAGGAUUCACCAAUUGAAACAACAAAACCACAAAAAUUCGUCGUCACAUUCGGAGGAGAUAUGAAAAAAAGAUAAUUUUUACGAGAUCUUUCAGUCACAAAAUCUUCGAGAGUAUACGGCGUUAACGUUAUAUAAUUUUAAUUACUAUUAUUAUUAUUAUUAUUAUUUAGGUUCUUCCUAAUUAAUCGUAGAUUAUUUGCACACCUCACUCGACACAUGUGAUUCAUCUGUUAUUUAUCGUAGUAUUUAAAACACAAAGUUACCUUGGAGAGAACGAAAGAAAAACAAAUCGCGAAAUUUCUACGAAGUAUGGUUUUUUCUUUUUUGGAAAUAACACGAGAGAAAAAAAUCGCAGUUUCAAUUUCGCCACAUUCGUUCGAAUCGUUCGAAAGACAAACGUUUCUCGUUACUUUGAAAAAAGUGUCUGUUUAAACUACUUCUCCAUUCUGUUCUCGAUCUUCGAAAUUUUACUUCUACAAAUAACCAGAAUGAAGCAAAUGAUCUUGUCUCUCCACUAGCCAAAGCAGAAUUCGUUCUCUCAUAGUUUAUGAGCAAAAACUCAAAAAACGAAUUUGUAACAUUUUUUGAAAUUCAUUGAUUGUAGAAACAGUGAAAAGUACUAGAAUUGAAAAACUACCACGUAAGAAUAGAAAAGUCAGAUGAAAGCGUUCGGAAUUUUCAUAGUUUUUUACCAAUCGACAAUUUUUUUUUAACCAUGCCAAACCAAAUUCCGUUGAAUGUAGUCUGGUUGAGUAAACGAAUAGAAGCAUUCCAGAAGCUCGUUGUAAUUGAAUCAAUGAAGAUGGAAAGCAGAAUGGAGAAAAACAAUGUUUCAAGGUAACGAGAAAACUUCAUUUCGAAUAUAGUUCGUUUAUAAACGUCAAUCAUUUGACGGUAUGUAAAAAAAUGGACCAGCAACAAUUGUUGUCAUUCUUUGUUUUCCUCUGGCUUUAGCUACUAGUUCGAUCGUUAUCGCAUUUUUGCGCAUCACAUUCUCAAUUAAUUAGAAAAAAUUGAAGAAAAAACCAGAAGAGUUAUUUUUCUUCAUAGCAUUUAUUAAAAUACGAUAACUGCAUUGAAAAAAACGAAAUCUCAAGAAAUUUCGUUCAUAAACGACUGAGCAAGCUGAGAAAACAAUCGGGUGCAAUCUUAUUGAACACCUGAUCACACCGAAAUAACGUGUCUGAAAGCCAGACAUUAUAAAAUUCACAAAGCUUUCGCAUAAAAGCGGCUAGAAAAUAAAAAAUGACGAACCAAUUUCAGUUCAAUUGGAACGACCCCAAAAAGGCUAUCGCGUAUCGGAUUAUUCUGUCAUAAUAAAACGUCAACGUCAGGAACGAAUGAUUUUUCAAAUAAUUCAUGAAAUUUUUAACGCUUCGUAUGUGCGCGUUAGAAAUAAAAUUGUUUUAUAUUCAAACGGCGAUUGCAUCGACUCAUUAUUAAAAUAAUAGUUAUAACAACUAUUGAAUAUAUAUUAUUAUAAAAACUAUUAUUAUUAUUAAUAUUAUCAUUAUUAUGAUUAAUAUUAUUGCUGCGUAGAUAAUUAUUUAACAUUGGUGUAUCGUUCAACGUUGUAUUAUAUUGAGAUAAUUUAUUCCGUUCACGUUUUGUAUUUUAAAAUCGGAACGGUUGAUUGGGACUGAGACAUUUGAAAAUGUUGAGUCCUUUUUAGUACGCCACACUCUAGUCUUCGAGUGCAUUUCGAUGAAAUGUAUAAAACGUUAUUGAUUAUUCCGAAAAAAAACGAAGCCAAUCAAAAUGAACGGGCUUAUUUUCGAAUCCACGCGUUCGAAAUUUUACUUGUUCAUUGCCUCGUAGCCUUAAAUCGCGUUAACUUUUGGAUAAUUUUUAUUCUUCUUUUUUACCGUGCAGACGUGUGUUGCGCAUUUGGUUUGCAACGUUACAAUGCAUUUGUUGUUUGUAAUCAAAAUUCGUAAAAAAACGUCUCCGUGCUUCAAUCGAAUUUUCAAAUUUUUUCGAUUUUUCGACUGUUAAUUUUAUUCGAUUUCAAUUAAGGUUGUUGCGUACCUAGGUUUGAUAUUUUUAUGCAUAAAAAUUGAAUUUUUUUACCCAACUCUUUGACCGAUUCGGGAUGUUUAAUUCAAAAUUUAGUGAUACCGUUGAUACUCUAAUAAAGUAGGCACGAAAUUAACGAUGCUGUGCGCGAUUUAGCGAAAAAAAUGUUUGCAAUGGAUUUUGUGAUGCGAUGUCUUCGGAGUUUCACGCCUUCUGUAAAUGCUUCGUCGUUGUUCGAUACUCGGUGCUGGCACCUCGUGCAUAGCAGUCAAUUUUUUACCACGGCUAUUACUCGUUUCGUAAUCAAAGAAAAUAAUAAAGCAACAAAAUAAUGAAGCACGAAGAAGUUGAACUUUCAAAGAAACACGAAGGAAACCGCUACUAAAAGUGCGAAAUCUCGGAAACAUAUCAAUUCGUCGUGUUACCUGGGUCUAAUCAAUUUUUUUAACAUCACAUUUACUACAACGAAACCAAAAACGGACACGUUGAAUUAUUUACCAAAUUUUGGCGUUGGUCAAGACUAAAUUUUUUAUUUUUCUUCAAAAAAAUUCAAAAUUGUGUUAUUUCGAGCAUGACAUUUUUUCAAAUACAUUUUCGCAAACGGAAAUGCCAAAGUUGACAAUAGAAUGAUGCGAAUAAAUCAACAUUUUUCCAUUGAAUUUACUCAAUUUGCAGACGUAAACGAAAAAACAAAAAUCAUUGAAAAUACUACUAGAGAAAUUGACAAGAAUACGAGAAACGAAGAAAGCUGUAGAGUUCGGAAAAUAAUUUAAUGUGUCCGUUUCUCAAUAGAAACAUUUCCGCUACGACAAUGGUUGCCGAUACGAAAAAGAGAAAACUAAUACCGAAGGGAACGAGGAACAAAAUUGCUUUGACAAAUGAGCGUUAAUUACACAUGAUAAGCUGAUCGUCGUGCUAAGUGAAGUUUUUUGAAUUAGCAUACAAUGGGCCACGCGCUACGCGACAAGGACGCACGAUGCUCAUUACAAUUUUACAUUGUAUAUUCAUUGUAAGAAUGAAAGAAAAAAGAAGUAAAAAAAAAUAUCAACAAAAAAAGCACAAGAUCAGAUAGUAUUUGGACAUUUGUUAUUCCUUCGUCACAAGUGUCUAAUGACAUUACGUUCAAUGUUCAAAGAUAUCACUUUACGUUGAAAUACAUUCAAAAUUCAUGUUUUUUCA